AUGGAAUGGCGAUCUUCUGCGCGCUCCAAAGUCUCAGCUCGUUCUAAUGGAGCGACACCGCGUCGUUCUUCAUCCGGUCGCUGGCUGCUCUCCCUGCUGCUGCUGAGCCUGGCCUCGUACUCGGCGCUGCUGCUGGCGUGGUCCAGCGCCUCGCUCUCCCCGUUCCGCAGCCCCCUCACAGACGCCAACGACUCAAACUCGACGCAGGUGGGAACACUUAUAGCUCUGCCAAUGGGCGACACGAUGGAGAGGAGUUUGCGCUGCAUUGGCUGGCGUGCCACGCUGGACUGCACCCCGUUCGGGCCUCGAGACCCGCAGCGAGACCAGCCGUGCGGGAGGACGGUGCACAAUUCCAACGCCGGCUACUGCGAGGUGCAGGACACGUGCACCGGCGAGCACUUCCGCGUCAUGAGGAGGCACUGCUCAAGCCUCUUCCCUGCUUCCCGUCUGCGCUGCGACGACGCGCUGGCCUUCGUGGACUUCCGGGUGAAAGCGAGGAAGGCCGUCGCGAAGGCGCUCGUUCCAGGCUUCGCAUUGCCGAACGUUGUGGAGGGUGGAAGUGAUAAACCCAGAGAUGGGAUCGUCAUUGUGGUGUAUCCGAAGCUGGUGGCGAGCGCAUCUGCACUGAUUCGUACUCUUCGAGAAUCAGGUUGCAAAUUGCCGAUCCAGUUGUGGUAUUGCCCCCAAGAACUCUACAGCUUCCCCGGUCCCCUCACGCCGCUGCAUCACUUGGCCGACUCUGACGAUCAGAUAAGCUUCCACAAGAUCGACGACACGCGCGCCAUGGGAUUCGGGGCGAAGGUGUACUCCAUCUACCACAGCACUCUGGAUCGCGUGCUGUUUCUCGACGCCGAUAACUUCCCAGUUCGGGACCCCAGCUCACUCUUCCACUCCAGUGAAUUUGAGCGCACGGGUGCUGUGAUCUGGCCGGACUAUUGGCACCCGAACCACACGAUCUUUAACAUCCACGAGAAGUCGAUGCUCUGGGAGCUCCUGGACAUGCCGUACGCCGACAUGUUUGAGCAGGAGAGUGGGCAACUGCUCAUCGACCGUCGCCGACAUGCAGCACCGAUGAAGCUGGCGUUCUUCUACAUGUUUCACCGGCCAAACUUCUUCCAGGAGCUCAAGGUGGCGCACGGUGACAAAGACCUCUUCAGAUUCGCAUGGCUCAAGCUUGAAGCCCCGUUCCACAUGGCCCAGACACCACCAGCAGUGGCGGGGGAAAUCAUUGACGACCUGUUCUGUGGCAUGACGAUGGCGCAGCACGACCUUGAGGGCAACGUGCUCUUUCUUCAUCGCAACCAGUUCAAACUCACGGGUAAACUCGCAGGUCUGAAGAAAAGAGAGGCGCCGGUGGCCGAUGGGCGGUCAUCUGGACGCAUCUGCUGUCUUUCAACCGCUCGUUCGAAGUCGAGCACUACGUGAUCGACACGUACAGAGCUGAGCCAGCAUUUCCAAAGUCGCAGAGCUGCUUUGGCAAGCGGAAGCUCGAGAGGGACCCACAUUUUGUGGCGCAAGCAUUUACCAAUCUGAGCUUUGCUGACUUGGAGAACAAAGUACGUAGAAUCGCGG